CGAAUGGCACCAUUGCAAAAACCUCCAGAACCACAAAGAAGCGAGUGAACCACAGACGUAGCAGUAGGCGACGGAGUUGCAGAUUCCUUAGAGCGAAAGACGCAUACAGAGAGGGAGAGCGAGAAAUAUCUUUUCGGAAAGAAUGAGUGAUAUAUCGGACCUCGACAGGCAAAUUGAGCAGCUGAAGAAGUGCGAGCCACUGAAGGAAUCGGAAGUAAAGGCUCUUUGCCUUAAAGCCAUUGAAAUCCUCGUUGAAGAGAGCAAUGUCCAAACGGUCGAUGCACCUGUCACCAUAUGUGGUGACAUCCAUGGGCAGUUUUAUGACAUGAAAGAGCUUUUCAAAGUAGGUGGCGAUUGCCCAAAGACUAAUUAUUUGUUUCUUGGAGAUUUUGUUGAUAGAGGAUUCUACUCUGUUGAGACAUUUCUUCUUCUGCUAGCCCUAAAGGUGAGGUAUCCUGAUCGAAUAACACUUAUUAGAGGGAACCAUGAGAGCCGCCAGAUCACCCAGGUUUAUGGAUUUUAUGAUGAGUGUCUACGUAAAUAUGGCUCUGCAAACGUAUGGAGAUAUUGCACAGACAUAUUCGAUUACUUGAGUCUUUCAGCUCUCAUUGAGAACAAAAUUUUUAGUGUCCAUGGUGGUCUCUCCCCGGCCAUAUCGACAUUGGAUCAGAUACGAACAAUUGAUCGGAAGCAAGAAGUACCUCAUGAUGGGGCCAUGUGCGACUUACUGUGGUCAGAUCCUGAAGAUAUUGUAGAUGGUUGGGGUUUGAGUCCUCGCGGUGCUGGAUUUUUAUUUGGUGGCAGUGUUGUUACUACUUUCAACCACGCUAACAACAUUGACUACAUCUGUCGCGCCCACCAGUUGGUAAUGGAGGGAUAUAAAUGGAUGUUCAAUAAUCAAAUAGUUACCGUAUGGUCGGCUCCAAACUACUGUUACAGAUGUGGCAAUGUAGCUGCAAUACUUGAACUAGACGAGAAUCUCAAUAAGCGGUUUCGUGUGUUUGAUGCAGCUCCACAGGAAUCAAGAGGAGCUCCAGCUAAAAAGCCUGCACCAGAUUAUUUCUUAUGAGAUGGACGACUUGAACUCUUGCCCCGUUGCCUUGGACAAAACUAAAUUGAUGAAUGAGCUUUGAAUCACAUUGUGGCACCAAGAAUCGAUGGUUUAGGCCUCCCGCAAUGAUCAACUGAUUAAAUGGCCCAACGAGAGAGAUGUCAUAGCCUCUGGUUCAUGAUUAGUCCGAUCAACGCUCAAUCAUCCUGUAUGCCUUACCAUUCUUAAAACGUUUUUAAGGUAGUAUUUUGGAGCAUUACAUUGUAUGCUAUCUACAAGCGUUUCGUGGAAUACAAAACUAUUUAUUUUGGAGAGCAGGAAAAAAAAACACACAAAAUAUAGUGUUCAAUCUGGAAAGAGGGCAUUGUUUUCUUGUGGAAUACAUUGAUUGAAAGUGAAGCUUGAAGUACGUAAA